AUGUAUAAAACAGAAAGCGGUAUGUUAGGGAAAGUAAUUCUGUUGGUGGACAACUGCUCCAGCCAUAAAAAUAUUACACCCCAAGUAGAUGAACAUUUUGAAAUUAUUUAUCUACCCCCCAAUACGACAGCCCUGAUACAACCCAUGGACCAAGGCGUCAUUGCCAAAUUUAAAAAAAGUUAUAGACAUAAGAUGUUACGCCGAGUUUUACAAUAUGAUCAAGGAAUGCAGGAGUUUUAUCAUAAAUUUAAUAUUAAAGAAUGCAUAAAUUUAGUGGCGGAAUCAUGGACGGAUAUUACAUCUGCCAAUCUAAAAGCAAGUUGGAAUAAAAUUUUCUGCAGGGAAUCAGGAGAAAUCGAUGUAUGCGACACUUCCAUACAUUCAGAAAUGACAGAUAUUAUUAAUGCUCUUACGGGCGAAAACAACGACAGCGAAGAAUUAAACACCGUACUAACACAUUUGGAUGAACAGGAGACAAUUAAUUAUGAAGAUGACAGCACGGCGAUGGAAAUAGAAAGAGAUGGAAAUGAAGAAGAAGAAAAAGAGGAAGAACAUGAUACUACAGAAGAAAUACAAACAACUGAGGCAGAUAGAAUUGAAAAAAAAAGGGGGAUUUAA